CGCGGCUGGACGUUUCUAUAAUCCGGGCUGAAACUUUUUGUACUGAGUCUGCGCGUGGGAUUAUUGACUUUGAAGAAAGAAACAAACAAAAACAAAGAAGCAGCGUUUCAGACCCGAGGCCAGGUUUAUGCUGGCCACGCACACGGAAACACCAAACAGCUGCUCCUCGAGAACAUUUCCCACACAGGUCUGUGUCCUUGUUCCCAGGCUGCCUCCUGUCUUUGAAGCAACUGUUGCCUUUACUGUAACUGCAAGGUUCAAGCACAGCUGUCUGAAAACUGCAAUGUCAUCAAAAAUGCAGGGCUCCAGUAGCAUAGCUCAGGCCAGGCGGACGGUGCGGCAGCUGAGGAUCGAAGCCAGCAUCGAGAGGGUAAAGGUGUCCAAGGCUUCAUCAGACCUGAUGCGCUACUGCAGAGAGCACGCCAAGCAUGACCCGCUGCUAAUGGGCAUCCCCGCUUCAGAAAACCCUUUCAAGGACAAGCAGCCUUGCACAGUUUUGUAGAGCGACACCUGAACUCUUGCUUUUGAUGUUGGUUUGUAUGUGUAGAAGCUCUGUUCACUCGCCUUAAGGCCAGUACACCCCGUAACGUUUUCACGUAACAUAACGUUUGAUAAAGAAGGCAGUCCUCGCUGUCUGUUAGUCAAAUAGCACCAAAGGACGGCUUAAGCUGUAGCCUCUGAUCAAAGCUGCGGCUCUAACAAAGAUGAUUAAAAGAGGAGGCUUUUGUUUGUCUGCACUGUAAUCUGACAGGAUCUGGAAGGCCGCAGACCUCAGCCUGAAAGGAGCUGAGAGCUGAUGACUGUAAUUAUGACAGCGCACAUAAACAAGCCGCCUUCAAAUCAUUGAUCCAAUCAGAUUUAAGCUUCCAGUUUUCACUCCUUACUUUCAUCAGGAAACAGUUUGUUCUCUGUUUAGAAUGAGACCAUUAACAAGAUGAUGACAUCCUGUUGGAUGAACUGUCCAAACUGUAACGCCUCCUUUUCCAGGAUUAAUGGAGCUCCGUUACCUCUGAUCGCCUUUUUAUUAUCUAAAAUCUUUAAACCUGUUAGAUAAUAAAAAGGCGAUCAGAGGUAACCACAGGAAAUGAUCAUAAAAUCUUUAAACCUGUUAUGAUCAUUUCCCGCUCCACAUUUUUAUUCUUGGACUCUACUGCAGUAGUUUUUUUUUAAUGAUUUAUUAUUUAAAAUAUUCCCGAGUUUUCUUCAGUAUACGAUUGAAAGUAGCUGUUUUAUUUCCCAUCCUUAUCUCUUUAUGCCAAGUGUCUUCUGAUUGGCUGCCCCUCGCAGGUAAUCAGGCUUAGAGCAGGCUGAGAUUUUGGAUCACAGGGAUACUAUUUCAUAUGCAUCUCUCAUAUCCAACCUCAUAUAACAAAAACACAAACGGUUCUAUUGUUUAGAGUCUCUUCUGUUUGUUGAUAUGUUAACAUGUUGUGUGUUGCACUCGGAGUGCAGUGCCAAGAUUUUAGCAUGAAUUGAUGUUUUACUGCAAGCUUGCUGCUUUUACUAUGAACCAUCUUUGGUUGCAUUCAGUGCAAAACUAUAAAAUAAGAUGAACAGCUGAGAGUCUCACAGUGGAGGAGAUUAGUCUGUAUCUCUCCUUUUUUCACAUUAAUAAUAAAUAACUCUCUGAAACACGAGUGAGGGCUGAUAUAAAAUGUACUUUGAGGAUGGAGUAAAGCUCAGAGUCGCCACAUUAACCAUUACUGCAGAAUAAAAAUACUGAGACUCCUCAGAGGUGGGCUCUCUGCUCCUGUCUGCAGACCUCUUCCCUGCACACUUCAGGCACUGUGAACUCACUGAACACCAGAUGACUGUUUGUUAUGCGUUUGGAGAAUUUCAUGUUUACAGCUGAAACUUCCUUUGAUGUUAUCACGUUUUCAUAGCUGCAGCUUUAUGUCAUUUGUGAGCUGCAAAAACAUGAGCGGCUACUUUAACCAGCCAGGGCCUUAAUAAUGAAGUUAACCUCGUGACCUUUGGGUCAGAUAAGUGCUGUUGUCUAAAACUGUGAUUUAUAAAGAGUGAGUUAAGGGUUAUAGAGGGUACAUCUGUAACACUGUGCCCGGGUACCCGAGGACGUGCUAGCUUCUAACUGUUUAAUGUUCUUUUCUGUUUUGUGUUGCUGUGUUCAUGAUGCAUCUGGUUGAUUUUUUUUUACUGGUCAGUAUGGAUUUAUGUUUUUAUUGGAAAAACAAUCAGUCUGUGGUUUCUCACACAUGGUAUCAGCUGUCAUAUUCUAACCUUCGCCUGUUUUUACAUGUGAU